GUCUGUUCCCGUUCGGCAAGGUGAUAAAGCUGUUCACCGCUCCCGGCGACGACGACGGGCGGGAGUGCCAGCCAAGCGGGCACGCGGUGGCCCGCGCGGGCGUCUGCCUCAACGCGUACGAGUGCCACGACCGGCAGGGCAGGGCCUCGGGCGAGUGCGCUAAGGGGCUCGGCGUCUGCUGUGUUUUCGAGGUGUCCUGCGGUGAUACGGUGCAGAACAACCUGACAUACUUCAUGUCUCCCGGGUUUCCAGACCUCUGGAACGGGGAGGAAGACUGUGAUAUCACCAUACACAAGGUUACUGAGGGCAUCAUGCAGCUGAGAGUAGACUUUGUACAUUUCACUAUCGGCCAGCCAAAUAGAACAACAGGUGAAUGCGACGAAGACGCCAUGAUCCUGGGGGAAGGCGCAAACAACUUCACAGUGUGUGGACAGAAUCACGGGCAGCACUUAUAUUAUACAUUAACGAAUGAAAGAGAGAAACGCGACACGGAGGAGUUAGCCGGCGCGAGAGGCACACGGCUGCGCAUACGCAUCCGAGGCAGCGAGAUGCCCCGGAUAUGGCUCCUACGUCUCGCGCAGAUGCCCCUCGCACACUCCGCACCACAUGACUGUCUGCAGUGGUACAGAGAAAAUAAUGGUACAAUAAAAACUUUCAACUACGCAGUCAACGGGCGCCACCUGUCGGGACACGAUUACAGAGCGUGCAUAAGGCACAACGUGGGCUACUGCUCAGUGAGGUACACGCCGUGUGACAGCCGCUCCUUUAGGAUCGGAUCUGGUGGCGAUCAAGUCCAGAAUACCGAUCCAGUGAGUACAGUAAUGUCUACAGAGGCUACAGGAGGUAUGCAGGAAGAUGAGAUGGAAGGGUCGGGCGCGGACCCGAAUAUAGCGUCUCCCAUGGAGUCCGCACCUCAAUCACAAAGCUUUAUUUCGAUGAUCUGGAGCUUUAUCUGGCCGUCUUGGCUCUGGGGGCAGAGCGGCAGGAGUUUUAGCGGCCGGGCCGAGAGAUGGAACACCAGACCUUGGGACGACAAAUGGAGUCACAAUUAUCCAGACCUAGAAAUUCGAGACAACGAAGAUCGGAGCAGACAAGACAUCAUGCUUUGGAACGGCGAAGAAGAGGAAAUAAGCAGAGAAGCUAGAUCAGUUCAAAACGCAAAGAACAGAGUAUGGGAUAGCUCGAAAUGGGACUUGGCAACUUUUGGAUGGAUGCGUUUGUCCCCAUAUGCUCAGCAUUUCAAAAAAGUAGACGAUAAGCUUAGGUACUAUGGGUAUGGGAACUAUGGUGCUGGCCUUAAAGGUUAUGGUAGACAGAGAUGCCAAGACAGAAUUACUAUACAAUGUGAAGACGAAUAUUUUGUAUCGAGUUCCUUGUACAGCAUGCCGGGAGUAUGCGACCCUCACCACUGCGGCGACUCCUUCUGUCCAGGCAUACAGUUCGAGCACUGCCGCGUGGAGACAUCUGUGAAGCCGUUCAAAGUGUCCGUCCACUUCGGACCCCCCAGUCGGAAGAGUAACCCUGAAGAUAACAUUGGUGCUUGUUUGAAGUACACCCAGUUGCCUUGUAAUGUAUGAUGUAUUAUAAUGUUAUGUAACAAUAAUUUUGUCUCAUUAAUAUAAUCGGCAAUGCCACGUGACUUCCUUAGUGUUACUGGCGUCCAAAGGUUACAGUGACCGUUUACCAUCAGACGGGCUGUAUGCUUGUAUACCACGUUUGUGGUUUUAAAAAAAAAAUAUUAAAUUGUAAUUAGACAAUGUCUGUAUAUAGGAGAUAUGUAAGAAAAUAUGAGGGAGUCUUCAUAGUAGUAAUAGAUGCCAAAACAGUUUUUAGAUUUUUUUUCUGUCUGUAUGUAUGCUUGUGUUGGCAUCAUGCAAAAACAAAUGCACCAAAUUGCAUUGAAUGAAUGCGGUUUUCAUAGUUAUUUUGAGUAAUAGAAUCCAAAAGAAUUUUUAAAAAUUUUGCUUUAUUGUCUGUAUAUUUGUUUUGGCAUCACGCAAAAACAAUUGCACCAAAUUGUAUGCAGUUUUCAUAGUUAUAUUCUUGAAGGUCUUAUUUAAUAUCUAGUGUAUAUUUUACCUUGACACAUCACCUAGAACUAGUUACCUACUCCUAAAAUUUACGCAUACGAAAUUGCGAGUAAGAGUCUAUAUAAGAUAUCAUGGUCUCUGUUCAAUAACGUCAUCUUAAUCUAUACUAGGUACUAGGUAAAAACUAGUAAGGAUAGGUACAAAAACAAUUCCUAAGAAAUAACAAAUAUCAAUCCAAGAUAAAAAUAGUACAGGAUCAACAAUGAAGUAAACGUUUUUAAUUAAAUAU